AAUAACCUCAGACUCCCACUCUCCAUCCGAAAUGACGUCGUUUCUGCACUUCCCUUCCACCUCCACACUCCCCUCCACUCUCCGCGGCGCCUCCCUCGCUACCCGCCCCAACCCCGUCUCCCUCUCUCACACCCGGUUCAGUGUUAAAUGCAGGUACGCAGAGGCGAGCGUGAAGAGCGACGACCUCAAUUCCGGCGCCAUAGACGUCGUGGCUGAUGUCAGGCCUGAACGGGUUGUGGUAUUGGGAGGGAGUGGCUUUGUUGGCUCUGCUAUAUGUAAGGCUGCGGUGUCCAGAGGCAUCGAGGUUGUAGGUGUAAGCAGGUCAGGGCGGCCGACGUAUUCGGGGUCAUGGAUUGAUCAGGUUAACUGGAUACCAGGGGACGUUUUUUAUGUAAACUGGGAUGAAGUACUUCUUGGGGCCACCGCAGUGGUGUCAACAAUUGGUGGUUUUGGCUCUGAGGAACAGAUGCAAAGGAUUAAUGGCGAGGCAAAUAUCGUUGCUGUCAAUGCUGCAAAGGAUUAUGGAGUUCCUAAGUUUAUCUUGAUCUCGGUGCAUGAUUACAAUCUACCUCCAUUUCUACUUUCAUCUGGAUACUUCACAGGAAAGAGAAAAGCUGAAUCAGAGGUUCUCUCCAAAUAUCCUAACUCUGGCAUUGUGUUAAGACCUGGUUUCAUAUAUGGGAAAAGGAAGGUCGAUAGAUUUGAGAUUCCUUUGGAUCUGAUAGGAGAACCAAUGGAAAGAAUUCUACGUGCUACUGAGAGCUUUACCAAACCAUUGAGUUCUCUUCCAGCAUCCGAUCUGCUCUUGGCUCCACCUGUUAGUGUUGAUGAUGUUGCCUUUGCUGCAAUCAAUGCAAUAAGAGAUGAUGACUUCUUUGGCAUUUUUACUAUUGCACAAAUUAAGGAAGCCGCUGAGAAGGUUAGGGUGUGAAUAUGUUUACAGAAUUAGCCAGUGAUAGUUGUGCAACAGGUCUGACUAUCACAUAAAUUCUAUUUCCUCAACCUUGGUGUUGGAGGAAGGGGAUUAUGUUGUACUGCAAACAUGAAGAAAUCGUUUUGUAAAAUUGCGUGUUGAUUCAUACCUUCGUAUAGUUAGCGACUACAAUUCGAUGACUAGCUGUUUAGAUCUUGACUUUGGUCUCCGGGCUUAUGAUAUAUAUAAGUAACAAUAAGUUUGACAUGG